UCGAAGCUCCGUUCGAGGAGUUGGUCAAACUCGAUAUACCUUGGCUCAUCUAGAGACACAUAAUCUCUACCCGGCACACCACCCCUCUCCAAGUUUUCGGGAUAGUAAUCACCAGAAUCGCAGCAAACGCGGCCCUUACACGCCCGCCCCUCCCUCCCACCUCACCGGAAACCGUCCGCGAAAGCGGAGAAAGCCAAUUCAAUUUCUUCCAAGUACGUACGCACGUAACUUGAUGAAUUUCACCGCAUCAACAAUCCGCUUCUCUCUCUUCUCCCGACUCACCCGGCCAUUCUCCACUAACACGCCGUUUCUCUCGCUUGCGCCGGGAUCAGCAGCCUCGCGUACCAUGUCGCACUCUACCGAAAAAGCCACCCUCGCCGCCGGCUGCUUCUGGGGCGUGGAGCACCUGUUCCGCAAGAACUUCGGCAACGGGAAGGGCGUGUUGGACGCCAAAGUGGGCUACUGCGGUGGCUCGACGGCGUCGCCUUCUUAUCGGGCUGUGUGUAGUGGAGACACGGGGCACGCCGAGGCCGUCGAGCUCACCUUCGACCCCUCGACCGUCACGUACCGCUCUCUGCUGGAAUUCUUCUACCGCAUGCACGACCCCACAACCGCUAACCGGCAGGGCCCCGAUGUCGGCACGCAGUACCGCAGCGCGAUCUUCACGCACGGCGAGGAGCAGGAGAAGAUUGCGCGCGACGUGACGGAGAAGGUGUCGAAGCAGUGGUAUAAGCAGCCGAUUUCGACGGUGAUUAUCCCUGCUGCGCAGUGGUGGGAUGCGGAGGAGUAUCAUCAGCUGUAUUUGGAUAAGAAUCCGGGGGGUUAUGAGUGCCCGGCUCACUUUGUGAGGAACUUUCCGCCGCUGUCGGAUUGACUCCCGGGUAAGAUUUGAUAUGGGGAACUUUGAAGUUUUGCCUUCUCUGUCUGUGUUUUGUUGGGUUGCGUAAGCUAGGAAGCUACCUGCGUGUAUGGGAUGGUUUACGGUCGAGUGGUCCGCUGGGAGGUCAUGUUCGCCUGGGUUUGUUAGUUGAUAGUAUGUGCUUGUAUAUUGAUCGAUGGGGUAUGCACGAGAGAAGAGUAAAGCAAUUCUGUAACCCAGACCAUGUUGAGUUCUGCAGAAGCAUAGCUACUAUGUAUUCAAUUUAUGGUC